UCAGAGCAGCGGGCUGAGCCAUGAAGAGCGAGCAGGGCUGCGUGGAGGCACCGGCAGAUCCCCGGGAGGUCAAAGAUCUGCUCCAAAAAUGUAAAAGAGGGGAAGAAGAUGCGCCAGGAAGGCAGGAGGGACUCAAAUACGUGGAUUUGGAGUCAGUGGGUGUAAAACAGAAGAAAGAGAGUGGAGCUGAUGAAAGAAGCCACAUGUCUGUGUUGGCGAACCAAAGAGGAUCUGAAGCUCUGCGCGCAACGGAGCCGAACAAGGAGUUAUCGGCUGAACGUGAGGCUGAAACUAAGAAGAAAGAAGAGCCAGUGGCAGGGUCAAAGGAUCGCCUCAUAUCUGGAGACAAAGGCGAGCGCGCAAUUACGCAACCCGAAGUGUCCAAAACAGAGGAGAGCGCAGAGAGAGGAGAUGACAAUUAUUUGAGCCGGAGUGAGUCUGAUGAUUUCGAGGAUGAUGAUGAUGAUGAUGAUGAUGUUAGUUUGGUGCUUUCCGACGACUGCGUCCCGUGCGUAACGGAGGACGAGUCCCACUACAUUACCACGCAUGAAAUCCAGCUCACGGAGCUUUCUGACCAUGAGGGGGAAUACGACAUCGGAGUUGGCUCUUCAGCCAGCUGGGAGCUGGAGGAUGACAACCAGCAAGUGUACUCUUUUGUCGAUUACGCGUCAUUCGAUGGUGAUGGAGCGGCGGAUAAGGGCGCAGCAGCAGCAGCAGCAGCGGCGGCGACGGCGGCGGCGCUGGAAAGUGAUCCGAGCGACGCAGCCAAGUUCACCAGCUCAGAUGAGAGCGUGUCCAAGCAGCAGGGACAGAUCCACUUGUCAAUCAGAGCCACUUCUCGAGCUAUAAAUGACCCCAGCAACAUCCAAGAAGAGAAAAAUAUUCUUUAUCAUGCCAGGCGCGCCGUGCCAGGAGACAUGAGCCGAUAUGUGUUCAGGGGAGUUGACGGGAAGGCAGAGACGUUGUGUGACACUGCGAAGUGUUUCAUAGCCGCGCCUGGACGCUUGCACUUUGGGAAAUUGAGGGGGAAAGAGGUCACGGAGUACUCCAGCGGUGCGUCCAGCGCUGUCAGCGAGCUGGACGACGCUGACAAGGAGGUGCGCAAUCUGACAGCCAAAGCCUUCAAGAGCCUGGCGUACCCUUACUUUGAUGCCAUUAAUUUCAGCACCUCCAGCGAGUCAUCAGCAUCAGAGCAUGGCUUAGGGAUUAACAGAUGGUCCACGUUUGUCGACUUGAAAUAUGGCAACAUGUCUCAAGGACUGGACCAGAGUGUAGUCUCACAUCAAAACUCUUCUUUUGAAAUAGCCAAAAAUGUAGACAGCAGGGGGUACAAAGGCUUGGCACUGCCCACUAACAAGAUCUUUACUCUGAAUGGGAAUCCCCAGAAGAAAAUCGAGCUGAUGGGGAAGUUCAGUCAGAGCCACAGUGGCGUCAUCAGACUCACAGAGACUUUAAAUUUUCGCUGUAAUGUCAAAUCGGGGAUGCCUGCAGGAGAAAGGCGCACUAACUUUGCACAAAAUGCUGCAGGAUCACGUUCCACAGAUGAAGUUACCAACAGUUUGCCAAGCAGCCAGAGGAGAGGGGCCAGCAAGCCUCCCUCUAACGCCAUGGAAGACACGCACAAGAAGGCCAUAUUCGCCUCCAGCUUGAUCAAAAAUGUGAUUUCCAAAAAGAUGCAGUUCGAGCAGGAGCGCAAGAUGGAAAGAGGGGAGAUCAGCGAGCCUCAUCAGAGGCAGGCUUCCCCGAGCGUGGCGCACCAGGACAGCGAGAGCAGCCACAGAGGGAAGGGGGGCAAGGAGCUGCACAGACAGAGCUCCAAGUUCUCCGAGAGCAGCUCAGACUACGCCAUAAUGUGCGUGGAUGAAUUAGGGGACUUCAUUGACAGCGGCUCAUGUGAUACGAAGAGCGACUCUCGGAGACAAGACGCUCCAGAAACGAAUUUGGAGCCCGCAAAUGAAGCUGGGAUCGAUACUAAAAAAGGCGCAUUGCUUCGCAGCCAAAAUAGCGCAUUCAGAUGUUGGAAGGACGAGGAGGUAGAGUUUCAAAAGGAUCAUAAAAACGAUAAAACUCCAGAGGAGAAGCAGCCUUCUGCUGGGGACAAAGAAGAAGAGGGGGAUCAGUACUCAUUAGGAGGCAGCAAACUGAUUAAAAUGUCACAUUUGUUUGUGCCAAGUAUCCAACUGCUGCCCAGUGACGCAGAGGAGGGACAGCAGCUGCAGAACACGCGCUAUUCUCCAUGUGAAGGGAUCAAACUGCGUUCUGACAACACUUUAUACAUCGCAGACUCCAGGAGCGUGGCUACGUCCAAAUCUCCGGAAAUCAAAAUUAACUUAAGGAGCGUCAGAGACAAUAAAACCGAGCCGUUCAGCGUCUCCAAACUGCGCGCUCCUAAUAUAGGCUGUAACCCAGCCAGCCUCGUCAGAACAGAUGACUUCAAAUGCCAGGCGCUGGCUGCAGCUCUGAAGGGUGAGUGUUCAGAUAAAGUUCCGCAUUUUAUGGUUAGAGACAUUAGAGAUAAUAAAGGGAAGCUCCAAACGCCAAUUCACCAAGUCAGAGACGUGCGUAAACUCGUUAAAAGCUCGUAUCACUUUGUUUCUUUGGAUAACAACGAGAGUAAACCCACUGCUGACAGCCAUACAGAGCAGAAGAAGCAAAUGCCCUAUCGAAAUCUCAACUCAGUCUCCCCUAUUGUGAUAAAAUGCCAGUCUGUUAAUACUAACAGCAACGGGAAACAAGAGAUUCCUAAAAGAGAGCCCCUUGAUUUGGAUAGAUCGUCUCCAGAGGGCGCUAUAAGCGCUCAACUGCAAAAAGCAGCAGCAAGAGCACCCAUAGGUAACUCUAAUAACUCUUCAGAGGGAGGCAUUGGGUUGAAAAUUGAGAGAAUAGCUUCAAAAAGACAGGACAAGCCAUCAGAUCUCACAGAGAAGAAACCGGAGUCAAAGAUGGCGAACCAGGUGGCGUUGGAGAAACUCCAAGCUGCUGUGAAAACAAUGGAGCAGCUCUAUGUGUUUGAAAAGAACGAGUGGAAGAGGAAGAACGAGCCCCGGCCGCUGACAGACAGCCAUGUUCUUUCCCUGAUCACCAGUGAGGAGCAAGGAGGUCCAGAGGAAGAGCCCAACAUGGCUGCCGGAAGAGACUCAUACCCCAACGCCGACAAGACGCCACCAGCAGUAGCGGCGUCCCCCAGCCUGCCGAGGAGAGACGACAAAGUAUUCCAAACUCCCAGCAGCCGUGACGAUAAGCUCCUGGCCAAGUCCAUGCAAGCCACCGCCAACGCCGCUGGGACCAAGAACAUGUUCAGUCUCAGCUCCAGCAUGAAGUCGUCCACAAAGACGACCCAACCGAAUCCUGCCACACAAACCCCCUUCAACGCCAAAGGUUUCACCCCAAAGUCACCAAAACUGCCCGUGUCUUUAAAGAGCAGCCAGAUGAAGAUGAGUGGAUACGAAGUCGGCGAAUCCAGGGAACUAGAGAAGUCUGUGCAAGAUCUUCUGGGCCCUGACAACGAGAACUACCUUACAAUUCCGGUAAAGUCUCCUGCCAGUGCCAACAAACCGGCGCCGUCUACUGAAAAAACCUCAGUGUAUUCGUUUACCACCAAGAUGAACCCAACUGCACCUUCAGGACAAGCAGGACCCACCUCCAAGGGUCACGACGAGCUAAACCAAACCCCAAAACGAGCCAGCAUUGUCAUGGAGACGCGAUCACCAGAGAUUCCCUCUGCGACCAUCUACCACUCUUUACCAAUGGGCAUGACAGGCAAUCAGCCUCAAGUGUACUGUUUUUCUCCAGCGAUCACGCCAGCUCCCACUCUAGACCAGUUUCAGACCACCCAGAGGAAGAUGCUCCUUGAUCCAACGACUGGCAACUACUACUUGGUGGACACCCCAGUUCAGCCUGCCACGAAGCGCCUCUUUGACCCUGAAACAGGACAGUACGUGGACGUGCCGAUGCCACAGCCUCCUAUGACACCAGUUCCCAUGCCAAUCUCACCUUUGGCGCUCAGUCCAGGAGCGUAUGGACACACCUACAUGAUCUACCCAGGCUUUAUGCCGACGCCAUCGGUGAUCCCGGCACGGACACUAGUGCAGUCGCAGAUGUCCAUGCAGUCGGAUUCUGAGAGCAUGGAGAAAGCUUCGUCUCAGCAGACAGAGGGUUUGUACAUGGAGAGUCCUUUCUACAUGGCGACAGGGAAGUCUCCCCAGGCCGCCGUUGGGGUUCAACCGCAGGCCGCCACCGCCGCCAACAGGCUAACGCAGGGCUUCUCCAGUGCCAAACAGCCGGUCAUCAGCAUCACCUCCCAGCAAGGGCCGAGAAUCAUCGCACCACCUUCAUUUGAUGGGACUACCAUGAGCUUUGUAGUGGAGCACAGAUGAACAGAGCCCACCUGGACAGGUCUGAACUCUGAGAGGAUGCUGGACUUCUCUGGACCCCUUCAGUCAUUAAUGUUUGAGAUUUUACUGAAUGUGAUUAAUCAGAGUGAAGAGCUCUCUCAUGUCUUUUUUUAGUUGUUUAAACUUGUACAAGAUGUGUAUAAAAAUGUUUUUCCUGUUUUGUUUUAUAGAUUUAUAUUGUAAAAAUACACACGAGUCUUUCAUAUGAAAACUUUUAUUUUCAUUUUUUUAGUUAUCUCAGUAAUCAGUCAGCCCAUGAUUCUGUAAGUUUUAUUUCUUUAUUAUAACUGCUUUAAUUCUCAUUUCUUAUAAAGACUUCUUUAAGCUGAAUAUCUCUAACUCAUCAUUAAUUCAUGUUAAAUGCUCUCUUGUGUGAUGAUUUUAAAAUAUCAUGGCUGCUCAGUAUUACUGAACCAUGAGGAUGAACUUCUCUACAUGUCAUAAACAUAAUGUAAAUGUUGGGUCAUAACCUCCUAUCUCCAAAAUCACCGCUCUCAGGAAAAUGGUGCAUUUUCAAAAUAAUUUAACAUUGAGUGGUCAUAGGCAGCAUCUUUCUGACUCUUUUUAUCAGUUGAAAAUUUGCAAAAACCUACUGAGAGAUGUAAAGGGUGACUGAUUUAUUUAAAAAGAAAGUUAAAAUCAUAGAGUAAGAUAGGAGGUCAUGGCCUGACCCCAGCAAUAUGUGUGCUGAACUGAGGCAACCUGGAUCUCUUAUCAAGAAAAUGCCGUGCAUCUGUCACAUAAAACACAAGAGGGACUUUUUUUAGUUUGAUCCUUAUUAUUUUUCUUUUUUUUUUUCCUAAAUAAAUGUUUGACUCUUGUUUUGUACAACCCCACAGGCUGUGGAUCUGCUGGACAGUCCUUCCUUCUUUAGAACACAAUCAGCCGUCACUCUUUCAGUGAUAUAAACUUUAUCGAUCAGCCUGAUUUCAUGCAUUUUUCUCUUAACUGCAGUGACAUUGUUGAUAUAAAACCACUCUAGUGAAGUAAAUUAUAAUCUUAUUUAAAAUGUUUUUAUUUAAAGAUGAAUUUUAGAGGCUGUUUUUGUGUUUAAGUUUGAAUCUCCACGCUCUGAUCCUCUUCUGUCUUGCAGCACUUUGAGAGCUUUAUUUCUUUUCAUGUAGAAGUGUAAAUAUGUUUUUAAUCAGGUCUCAUGUUUGGAUCUGGUGUGAUGUGUUAUUGACAUGUUCUGGGACAAACAGGGUUUGAAACCAGAGCGUUUUACUACUUUGACUGUGAGUAAUCCUGACAGAGAGUGAACAUGAUGAAGGUAGAAGAAAGUCGAUGAAGAGACACGGAGAGGACGUUUUUGACUCUGAGGAUGAAGGAACUCUGGAUGGAGGGAAACUGUGAAUUUAAAGGAGGAAAAUGUUUAGAAGGACAGCGAGGAAAGAAACAGACUAUUUAAACUCUGAUGUACAGUGAAGGCACAUUUUUCUGCUGUUUCAUGAAGUGUUGAUCAUAAAUGUGUUUGUGAAAAUCUAAUAAAUAUGAAACUCUUCUUUUGCA